AUGUCUCCGAUAAAUUUCCUUGUCUCUGAUGUAUCCUUCUUUCGAUACGUGACAACAAAGAUCCUCCCUGCCAUUCUAGCCCUUCAGCUCCUAUCUUCAGCCAAUGUCGCCGCAUCCUCGGGCUGCGGCAAGCAAUCUACUCUCACCAACGGAGUUCACAAGAUCAAUGGACGCGAGUGGAUCCCGAAACUCCCCAAAAACUACGACCCAAACAAGCCACAUCACCUCGUCUUCGACCUCCAUUGGCGAGGCGGAAAUAUGAACUCUGUUGCCAACGGUGACAGCAUUCAACCCUGGUACGGUCUCAAAAGCCGAGAAAAGGGUAGUGCCAUCCUGGUGGCUCCCAAUGACGAGAAUGCUGGCUGGGUCAAUACCAGCGGCGAAGAUGUGGCACUUAUCGACGCCAUCAUGAAGCAGAUCGAGGGUGACCUCUGUGUUGAUCCGACCUCUCGCUUUGUGACAGGCUUCAGUUGGGGCGGUGGGAUGAUUUUUGCGCUUGCUUGUUCGCGGGCAAAGGAUUUCGGGCCGUGA